CGUUAGUCUAGUGCGGCGCAAUUUAUAGCAAAAUCCUGCUCAUAUUACGAUAAAGUUAGAUAUACUGUUGCCCGCAUUAUUUCGCAGUUUAUUUGUGUUGGGUGUAUGGUAAAUAUCAAAGUAAUCGCGUCAUAAACCCAGGCCUAGUUUUCUGGGCGUUUGAAAUCGGACACCGCUAUAACGUCUCCCCUCCGCGCGGAGGGAUACACUGUUGGGGCUGACAAUGUGGACGGUGCUAAAAUGUCUCCUCGGAAAAUGAGAUGUUACAUUUGUAGCGCUCGAAAAAAAUUAGAUUAGAACUUUAGGCAGAGCUACAUUUGAGCGCAGUUUCAUUGUAACAGCUCUCGACGCGGACUGUUCGCGUUUCCCGGGAAACUGGACGCGUUUUGCACCGUGAAUUAGCGGGACCUGAGAGGGGGGGGGCGGGUUUGUCCCCCAACUUUUCUGUUUUUCCUCUCGGGCUGAAGCGCGUUUCUCUCCCGCUGGAUGCCGCGCGCUUGACGCGAGGAACGGAUCAUAAACCUGUUUGAGCUGAAAGAGAAGGAAAGAGACGUCGAGCGAGAGAAGCAGAUCAAGAACACACAGGAUCAGGAUCAGGAUGGCAACAGCGGGGACCGACAUGGAGCUGAACGACCUGCUGGAUUUCAGUGUUAUGUUUCCUCAUCCGAUGUCAAACGGGAAGAACCGAGGCCCUACUUUACCCAGCAGUCAGUAUGGUUUAGAUGAAAGAAGUGGCUCCGGCUCUUGGGCUUCAGGAGAAGCGAACGGUCCCGCAUUCAGCGCACGGCUGUAUGGAGACGGUCCUCACUACCCUGAACACGACGGCAUGUACAACUUAGAGAUUGACGGGAAAUCUGAAAGAGGAUACCCCGUUGCUCAGCCGCAGCUCUUGCCCGCUGAUAUUAGCGAUGGUCUUUCUCCUCCGGGAAUGAAAGUCUCUUCUCAGUUCUACAGUCUUCACCGCCGGAGGCUCGCCGACUCCAGCAUAGAUCCACUGCCCAAGAAGAUCCGGAAGGUUCCUUCUGGCCUGCCGUCGUCUGUGUCUUCGGUUUAUCCCGGUUCCACCGGAGAGGACUAUAACCCUGACGGCUCCGGAUACCCCGGAUCCAAAGCUGCAAACCUUUAUCCAGGCUCUUUCUGGCCAGAUGGACUUCCGGAUCAUUGGGGACAGUCUGGUUAUCCUCCUGUCAUGAGUAACUCUCCUCACAUCGCUCAGCCGGCUCCGUUCCCCUCCAUAAACACACAGAAGCGGCAGCCUUUGCCCCUGUCGCCGCAGAAUUACCCUCUUCACGGGAGUGAGGUCAACUUACCCACCAGCUUCCACUCGGCCUCGGCUGGAUAUGGCGUUCCCAACCACACGCCACCCAUCAGCAGCUCCGACAGCAUCAUGGUCAGCAGAGCUGGAAACACAGGCAGCUCCGGCGCCGAGAUCGGGAAAGCGCUCGCUUCGAUCUAUCCCUCUGACAACAACGGCAGCAGCUACUCCCCGAGUCCCUCCACUCCUGUGGGCUCUCCUUCAAACAUUGCUGCUUCUGCAUCUCAGUGGCCCAAAAGCUCCUCUCAGUCUGCGCCGUCGCCCGGUUUUGAGCCAGGAUUGCAGGCGCCGAGUAAGAUGGAUGACCGUCUGGGUGAAGCGCUGCAAGUGUUGAGUCAUUAUGCGGUGGGUGCAGACAUGCACAGUUUACUGAGCGCAGCCGUCUCUGGACAUCCAGCUGGUGCAGCGGCCCUGGGCUCCAUCAGUCAGGCCUUCGGGCUCGCCAGCCGUCUGCCAGGCCUGAUGUCAAAUCACAGUGAUGAUGCCGCAGGUUUACCACAGUCCAGUGCUCUGCUGCAGGGACACCACGCCCCCCAUCAGGCCCCGCCCACUUCCCAGUCCGACACCUUUACCAGUCUUUCUCUGCCUCACUCCUCUCACUCAUCCAGCUCGGAUAUAAAGCGGGAAGAUAAGGAAGAUGAUGAGAACCUGUCUAUUGCAGAUAAAUCAGAGGAUGAGAAGAAAGACGGGAAAAGCCACACGCGAUCGAGUCAAGAUGAUGAUGAAGAAGAUGAUGAGGAUUUGCCGAUUGAGGUGAAGGCGGAGCGGGAGAAAGAGCGGCGCGUGGCCAAUAACGCCCGUGAGCGUUUGCGCGUUCGCGACAUCAACGAGGCCUUCAAAGAACUGGGCCGUAUGUGCCAGCUGCACAUGAACAAUGAGAAACCUCAGACCAAACUGCUCGUCCUUCACCAGGCCGUAAACGUUAUUCUCAACCUGGAGCAGCAAGUGCGAGAGCGUAAUCUGAACCCGAAGGCUGCGUGUCUGAAGAGGAGAGAGGAGGAGAAGGUCACAGGAGAUCCGCAGAUGCUGUCAGGUCUGAGUGGAGACGGACACAGCCAUAUGUAACGCUCAGAUCCUGACAUAAGGAAGCUCUCCGUCGACGUGGCCUUAUCUUCCCGUUCUUGUUCCAGUACACACACACACACUCUCUCUCACACACACACCCACACACACACACACACACACACACACACACGUGAUUUAUAUAUGAUAAACAGAUGUGUUGAAGACUCACAUGCACACAGUAACUUCCCGAGCCGCUCGUUGGGCUCGUGAUCAUGGACCAUCGGUGGAAAUCAGCGUCUGCGGGUCCGGACCGUCCUGCUGUUUGAUGCUGCGGCGUUCCAUUUACAGUGUGCUGUUAUAUAGCACACACACCCAUGAGCCUUUGUAUUCAACACAAGGUCAAGCUCCGCU